CAGAAAUCUGACGCACCCACAGGCAUCAAUGAAAGCGGUGACCGGCCGCGCUGAGAGUCGUUAGCCCGGAGCUCUGAGCGAAUGAUCUGAACUGCCUGCGCUUUACAGCCCAGCGCGGGUUGGACGUCUGAUUAUUUUUUGUUUACGUGCGAAAAACCAACGCGUUUGAAACCGUUAGCGUCAGAUAUCCGACUGAUAACUUAGACAACUGCCUAGCCUUGCUAAGCUAAGCUACCUGGCUAACGCAGCCCCAGCUUGUUUAUCGGUUUCAUAUCAUUAAACUGACGCGGUUUGAUUAUACGGCCUGUUCCCUUCAGAGAAAUGAGCAAAAGAGAAGGUAAUGGAAGCACCCGGAGACGCAGGACCGAGUCCGCCCAGAGGGCAGAAGAUCCACUCGGCCACACUUCUCAGGUGGUCGCAGCCUUCAGAGUUUUUCAGCAGGAGCUGGACACCAAGCACGACAAAUAUGAGCGGCUGGUCAAACUAAGCCGAGACAUCACGAUUGAGAGCAAGAGGACGAUAUUCCUGCUGCACAGAGUGACGAGUGUACCCAACGUGGAGGAGGUGCUGAACGAGGCUGAUGCCAAACUAGACGGUGUGAGGCAGAAGAUUGGUCAGGUAGCUGAGGAGCUGAGAGGAGAAGAUCUCCACCAGUUCCAUAAAGCCUUCACAUCAGGGGUUCAGGAGUACGUGGAGGCCGUGUCCUUCCAUCACUUCAUCAGGCAUCGCAUCCUGAUUAGCCUGGAGGAGAUUAACGCUCGCCUCGUCUUCGUGAAGGAGGAGAAGCUGGAAACAAAGGUAACUGGUGAAGGUUCGUUUCCAGAAGCAUGCGUGCUGACCUUCCAGGUGACUCCUACAGACUACCUGCUGGGCGUGGCUGACCUGACAGGUGAGCUGAUGCGAAUGUGCAUCAGCAGCGUGGGGAAUGGAGAUAUGGACACUCCCUUUGAGCUCAGCAGCUUCCUGCGGGACAUCCACGAUGGCUUCUCCUACAUCGGGAACAUGGGUCCAUACGAGGUCUCCAAAAAGCUGCACACGCUCCGGCAGAGCCUCGGCAAGGUGGAGGACGCCUGUUACAUGCUGAGAGUGCGAGGCUCAGAGAUCCCCAAACACAUGCUGGCUGACGUUCUCUCCAGCAGGACGGCGCUGUUGGACCACGAUGAGGGAGUGUCAUAGAGGGGUUUAAUGUUCUCAGACCUGCAUGUGUCUCACCUUGGUUUUAAUUUAUACUCGUCUGUAGUUCAGUGUUAGAAUUUGUGUUUUAAGCCACGCUGGUGUGCCUUCACAGCUCCUAGCUUGCUCCUCUGAGAGUCUUUCUGGCAUAUCGGUUGAACAAACAGAGAAGCAGCAUUUUUCUCUUCUGUUCGUCUCACUCAUCCCGUCUGCUUCAGCCUUGGAAGCAACUUAGUGCCAUUUGAAACACUUCAUUUUGAUUUGAAUGUGAAAAGAAAUGUCAUUAAAGCUUGGUCAUGUUGUGAA